CUAGUUAUCGGAUGACUAGCUAUCGCCUGCGCAUCAUAAUAAAAGUUAAAUUUACGGAAAUCUUGCAUUUAAAUUACAAUUUAAUGAUGGAUGUAGUGAAAAAGAAUAAAAAGUACUCCAUUGUAUUUCGCUGCACUGUGCCCAAAUGCUCCUAUUCAAGCAAACGGCUCUACAAUCUGCAGCGUCAUGAAAAAACCCACGGCAAGGAGCACUGGCGCUCCAAAAGAUUUCCCUGUCCCUGUUGUGCCUACGCGGCAGCCACUCGGGCGCAUCUGAAGCGUCAUAUGGGCAACAAGCAUCCGACGGAGGAUAUAUCGAAACACAACAUAACUGUCCUCGCCUACGAAGAUUUUGAGAAGCCGGCGGAACAAUUAAAGUCGGAUUCAGUGGAGCAAAAACGACCAAGGGAACAGCUGAAAGCCACGAAAGAUAAACAAAUAGAGAGCGAACAGGAACAGCAGGAGCAAUUGCUUGUGGGCCCAGUUACAGUGCUGCAAUUGGUGACGCCAUUGAGUCCGCAAGCGAAGCCCAUACCAGGUGAAAUGUAUUGCAAUGUCUCAUUGGAAGGCGAAGCCUUUCGCUUGAUCCCUGUGGAGCUUUUGCCCGCAGAGGUGGUCAGCCAGGAGCUCUAACAUCAAUAUACAUAGCGAAAGCCACCGACCGAUCUUCACAUAUCUAUAUUCUGGCAACCGGAAUUGGAGGUAUUCAUAAACAGGUGCAGCUGCAUUUAGUUGGAAUGGAAAGGAAUCACAAUACAGGGCAAAGGAAUAUUCAGUCUACAAAGGAAUCACAAUAGAAAAUCAAGCAAUAUUCAGUCAAAUGAAAUUAGUAAUGAAAUGAAUGAUUCAAUUUAUGAUUGAGAUAAGGAUUUGGCAGAGAUAUGAGGAAUGCGCAAGUAUGCGCCACAUACAGAGGACGGAAAACAAGUAUGCCAAAGGAUCGGCGCGAUAUAUAGAUCCUUCUCUGAUUUAGCCAAUUCUUCAAUCAAAGAUAAUCUCACGUAGACUUAAAAUCGGAGCCAUGUAUUGUACUAAAGUGUAGGGAAUAGAGAGAAUAAAUCUUCCAGCAAGCGCAAACAGUGGACAAAAUUGUUGUCAGCAAUAGAAAAUAUGUCAAUAAUAGUAUAUAAGUAUAUUUAAUGUAUAAGUACGAACUAAACGGAAACAAUUUUGAAGCCCAUUCGCAAAGUGGAAAAACCUCAAAUUUCGAAAGCGAUAAUUAACGUUUAUAUGGACUGUUGCCGAAUAAAUUGAAAGUGAAAUUCAUAAGUUCU